AUGGUCAUCCAGAAAGAGAAGAAGAGCUGCGGGCAGGUGGUUGAGGAGUGGAAGGAGUUCGUGUGGAACCCGAGGACGCACCAGUUCAUGGGCCGCACAGGGACCAGCUGGGCCUUUAUCCUCCUCUUCUACCUUGUCUUCUAUGGCUUCCUCACCGCCAUGUUCACCCUCACCAUGUGGGUGAUGCUGCAGACGGUCUCCGACCACACCCCCAAGUACCAGGACAGAUUGGCCACACCAGGCUUGAUGAUUCGCCCUAAGACUGAGAACCUCGAUGUCAUUGUCAAUGUCAGUGACACUGAAAGCUGGGACCAGCAUGUUCAGAAACUCAAUAAGUUCUUGGAGCCUUACAAUGACUCCAUCCAAGCCCAGAAGAAUGAUGUCUGCCGCCCUGGUCGCUAUUACGAACAACCAGAUAACGGAGUUCUAAACUACCCAAAACGUGCUUGUCAGUUCAACCGGACCCAGCUGGGCGACUGCUCUGGCAUUGGGGACCCUACCCACUAUGGUUACAGCACUGGACAGCCCUGUGUCUUCAUCAAGAUGAACCGGGUCAUCAACUUCUAUGCAGGAGCAAACCAGAGCAUGAAUGUUACCUGCGUGGGGAAGCGAGAUGAAGAUGCCGAGAAUCUCGGCAACUUCGUUAUGUUCCCUGCAAACGGCAAUAUCGACCUCAUGUACUUUCCCUACUAUGGCAAGAAGUUUCAUGUGAACUACACACAGCCCCUGGUGGCCGUCAAGUUCCUGAAUGUGACCCCCAACGUGGAGGUGAACGUGGAGUGCCGUAUCAACGCUGCCAACAUCGCCACUGAUGAUGAGCGCGACAAGUUCGCGGGGCGUGUGGCCUUCAAACUCCGCAUCAACAAAACCUGA